UCGCUUGUUGCGAGAGGUCUUGCCAGAAACGCUGAACAUGCAGGUGAAAAUGCACCACCGGCUGCAAGAAUGGAUUUGAUGGAGUACGACUGCCAGGCCGAGCAAGUAGCGCUUAAUCAUGUUAGGCUAUGCGACAGACAACCAGCACCGCCCUCUGCUCGACCCGGUUACAGUGAAAACAUUCACGCAAUUGUAACAUUUACUAACGAACUCGGAGGAAAUGGCAUUCCUUCCAACAUGUUAUUAACGCCUCAUGUCCUUCAACGCACCCAAAGAACGGUGACAAGAGUAAGCAAGGUUCUCUGGGGAAGCAACAGAUUCAUGGGCUGUGCAACUGUACCUUGUAAUGGAUUCUACUUUACUUCUUGCAUGUACCGAGAUCCAGUUAAUAUCGUCGGAGCUCCCAUCUACUCUAUCGGCGCAGUCUGCAGCGCUUGUCCGACUGGUCCAAACAAUUGUGAUGGAGCUGUUGGCCUUUGUUCAUAUUAA